AUGUUUGUAAAUUUUUGUCUGCUCCUAACUUUGCUCACCCGCACUGUGGAAAAUGCCACUUUGGAGGAGAAAGUUUUAUUCAUGGGCAGUAUGAUAGACACUUCUGUUCGGCCUUGUGAUGAUUUUUGGAACUAUACGGGUGGAAAGUUUGACAAGACGUUCUUCAAUGGAUGGAGAGCGGGGUUUUAUCAGAGUCUGUUGAGUGACUUUGGCGUUUCCAAUCAGGUAAAAUACGCGACUUCUUUCUUUGUCUUUUAUGUACAGUGGGGGACCGGAUCCAGUGGCAAAAAAUGUACCAUUUGACAUCCGGGAAGUAUCAAAAAUAUGGCAAAAUGCUUCCCUCUCCAAGUGAAAAAAAACUUCGUUUUGAAGGACGCGCCCUUUUUCCUCAAAAAAAGAGUGGGCAUGCUUUUGAAGUCUGAGUUUUUUUUCACUUGGAGAGGGAGAUAUUUUGCCACAUUUUCUGAUACUUCCUGGAUGCAAAAUGGAACGUUUUUUGCCAUUGGAUCAGGUCCCCCAUUGUAUUUAUAGGGAAGACGGUGUGAAAAAUGGUGGUAAAAAUGUAAAUAGGCCUAGCCCACAUAUCAAUUCCAAAACACUUUAGCUCGGGCUUUGCAGCCACAACCGAGAUAUUCAACAGUCUUUGCGGCCGGCAGAGUACGCGAAACGCGGAGGGCGGUCAGAGGGAAAAAAAAUUUAGGCCAUACCUUUGCCAGUUUCGCGCGGAAAAUUUUAUUUGUUUUUUUUUUGUGGAAAAAUUACCCUCUACUGUAGAAAUAGGCCUGAAAGUUUUGAUGCCAAAAUUCGCAAAAACUUGCUACAUUUUCGUCUAUUUUUGACCUAAAAAUCUCGGUAGUUUCUGAAAAAAAACGCGAGCUAGGAGCUUCACAUAUGCCUUAGAAAAACUUAUUCUAAAUUUGCACCAAGUUUCAUAAAAAUUAGCGUCGCACUUGGCGUACUUCCCCUGUUAGUUUAGGCGUGCUAAAUUUCUCGAAGAUAGCAGCAUCGAAAAUCAUCAUUUCCCUUGUCCAAAAAAAGACAUAUUUCACCGCUUUUCAGUUCGCAUCCAUCCGAAAGAUCCGUCAAAUCUACAGUAACUGUAAUCCACAAGAAUUUCCAUUGAUCGCUGUUGAGUACACAUACGAACAAACCGCGGAAUUUUUGGCUCGCGAAUUCCAUGAUGUCAAAUUCCCGGUUCACAUGGAUCAACUCCGCGAUAAUGAGAAAUAUGCAGCAAUUUUGGCCCGGGUUUACAAAUGCUUAUUCGAAAGGGGCUCAAGUGUUUUCCGGAAGAUUUUCGACUACCACUCCAUUAGUCGGAUCGCUUUCAAAGAGCCGGAAAAUACGGGAUCUGGCGCGAGUAAAUGGUAAGGUUUAACUUCUAGAUAUUGUAAUUUCAUGGAUUUGGCAAAAAAAUCAUGAGUUCAGGGCAGCGUAUUGUGCAGCAGCGGAGUGCCAGAGGCCGGUUGGAUAUCCAGAAAGGUACAAGUAUUCCCCCAAACUACUGAAUGUCUCUACACAAGCAUUUGUCAACACGGUCUUUGGUACAGCAGUCAAUGUGUCCGAGUUUAGAGUGACGUGGCCGGUCUAUUCCAGCGAUAACAUAAGCAAAGUCGUAGGUGUUCACUUUCUACAGAUAUAGUUGAAAUAAGAGCUGAGGUUUUGAUAAAAAUGAAAAUUAUUUCGAUGGAAGGAGUUAAUCUUUUUUGUUUCAUUGGCAAAAAUAACCGGCAUUUUUUUGACAGGAACCUGUCUGCCUGUCGGGAAAAUAAUGAGCGUUCUGUCGCAUCGGAAACCGCAUCUCCGCCUUGAAAACGAAUUGUUUUGCGGCAAAAUCAAAUUGCUUUUUUCAUUUCUGUGUAUGAAAAAAAUAUACUGACCUUCCAUCUAGGCUCAUCUGCAAUGAUGAGAAUGGAUUUUUUCAUAGUUAUGAUUCGCUACGGUUCGGAUAUUCUGAUAAACAUAAUUCAAAGCACGCUCUGUUUGGCCUUCUGUCAGUUUGCCGGAAAAAUAAUGGGAUUAAUGUCGCUGCGCCGAUCGCGUUGCUGAAAUGAAAAGAACUUCGAUUAUGCAUUGGCUUGGAGUGUAGAAGCCUUCGAUUGCAAAUCAAUCGCUUUUCAGUACCAAUCCCGCUCCUACUUGAUCAACAAUCUGUUCCUCGAAAUUUUUGACAACCGGAAGCAAUACGACACUUGCGAAGACUACAUCAUCCUCAACUUUCCGUUACACACAACUAAGCUGAUGGUCGACAAUAUCAAGCGGAAUUGGACUGUCUUUCAGCAACUAAAAGACGAAUAUUUUACCAUGGUUAAUUUGCUAUUAGACGAGGCCAAGAAAUUUGUCCGGGAAAACAAAGUGAUGGAAAAAGAGGCCAUCGAGGUGUUGGGAGAUCUACUGGAUCAAAAUAAAUUUUUAUUUGUUGAUCAUCCCAUUUUUGAUGAUGAGAAUUUUGAAAGGUAUACGAGAGAUGUCCUUGUGGAGCUGCCACAAGCUUCAAGGCUUGUCAACAGUUAUCGACCGAUAUUGAAUUACGAGAGAGAACAUGGAGGAAAACAUGUUAGAUUGAUGACUCAAGUCGUAUGUUUGAUUUGAAAACUCCGGAAUAAUAGCGAAAAAAGACACAAUUUUCUUUCAAAAAAUGAAAAAUUUCAGCUAAACGCCAUGCACACCAAGACCAAUCAAUUGAACUCCUUUGACUUUGGGAUCUUCCUUUAUCCCCUUUACGAUGUCAACUGGCCUCCAACAUUGACUUUAUCCGGAAUGGGAUUUGUUAUUGCGCAUGAGAUUGGUCACACGUUCUGUAAGAAUGGUCCAAAAGAGUUGUCAUUACAUGCUCAGCUCUGUAAAAAAAGUUUCAAAUAAACGUUUUCAGUAAAGGCUCAGAAUCUAAGCACAUCGCUGUACGAAAACUACGAAUGCAUAAAGAAGUUGUACGAAGGGCAAUGCAGCCCUCGAGAACCAGACUUUUGCAUUGAUCCGGGGAUGACGUACGAAGAGAAUCUCGCUGAUCAAAUAGGUAGGUUUUUUUCUGUAUAUAACAACGUCUAGAGCUGCUUCAACGAGUUUUUGGAAAAGUAUAAUUAGUCUAUCGGAGAAAUAAUGAGCACACUUUUGCUGCGCCGACGGCGUCGUUGAAGUGAAAGUUAAUCUUAUUUUGCCGCAACAAAAAUUUAAUUUUUGCAAUGCGAUUUUCGGUGAGACAGAGUGCUCAUUAUUUUCAUGACAGAGUGAUAAAAAAAGUUGUGCUACUCCGUUUUGUCACCGAAAUCACAACAUAGCACGUCAAUCCAGAAUAGAAGAAAAAAUUUCCCGCCCCUUUUUGGUGAUUCGUUCGAAACGAAAUGUCACUAUCCGAUAAAAAGCAUUUUCUUAUUUUUCUUCUUCCUUUUCGCGAAAAAGCAAUUAUUUCUGACAAGGAAAGUACUUCUAUGGGGUGUGGAAUUACCGGUCGAGAUAUAUAUCAAAAAAUUCGCAAAAAUUUUCUGAUUCAGAAUAUAUAUAAAUUAGCUGCCUAAUUUUGGUCUAUCAGCAAGUUUUUUUCAAUAAAUGUUUUUCUCGAGGAAAAAAAUCUGCGGCAACAAAAGCGCGCUCGGUCUCUUACUUCGGAAGAGAGCGGUGUGACCGAGUGGUUAGAGCGCCGGGUUGGAAAUCCGAGGGACACGGGUUCGGUUCUUUUUGCCACAUUAGAACCCAUUUUUUACGUUGGAACUACUUUUAAGGUGUAGUUGUAAUCCAAUUUGAUAUUUUAAGGCUUGUCAAGGCUUCAGAAUUUAGUUUAGCACAAAACAAAAUUUUUUUAUUGGUAAAAACACGGUCAAAAAGACACUUGCAUGGUGUCGCGAGAAAACUUCUGAGGACAAAAACAUGUCAUCAGACCAAAAUUAGGCAGCUAAUUUAUAUAUAUUCUGAAUCAGAAAAUUUUUGCGAAUUUUUUGAUAUAUAUCUCGACCGGUAAUUCCACACCCCAUAGAAGUACUUUCCUUGUGAGGAAAAAAGUGUCGAUACUUUCGCGACAUUUCGUCUCUCUUGUAAAUCAAUGAAAACGAUACAAAGUUUCGAAAAGGUUCAGGAAAUACGCUGGAUUGACGUCCAGCGGCCUUGCGGAGGGGUUAGUAACAAGGUCUUUAUCUGUGCGACCCAGGGAUUUUUUUCUCACAUCUCCUUUGAAAAAUGACAACGGAAAGGCCUGUCCACGUGGUCCUAUAAUAUGAUAAUUUAUCUUUGCCUCGGGUUCGGAUUGUCGCCUCGACAAACUUCAAAGUCAUUUUGUUUCAGGUAUUCGCUGGGCUUACGCUGCCUUCAAGACCUACUCUCUACACAAACAACUUCUCCCUCGCACGACUAGUCGAGUUCUCAACGCCAUGUCUGAUGACCAGCUCUUUUUCCUGAACCUAGGACAGCUGAUGAGAUUCAUGACCCCAACGUGGGACACCUAUGGCGACGGAGAUUCCCAUUCCCCGGAUGUCGUCAGAUUAUAUGGGACAUUGUCAAAUUUUCCGGCCUUUGCCAACGCCUACGGCUGUUUGGCGAAUGACACAUUUGUCAGCAAAAAGCCAUGUCCAAUAUUGUUGAAAGAGACCAAAGAAGACAAAAGUUUAUGGUAUAAAUAUACGAGAUUGCCAUAA